UCUCACACAGACAGUGCGCAGCGCGCACGCUCUCCUCCUAAUCUUCUUAAGUAGAAAACGAGGUAGCUGCCUGCGGCCUACCUCACUCACUCACCCGACCGCGCGCCGGCCCGCUCCUGCACUACACCCAGAGGCUUCCUCCCACCGGACGCAGGAUCGCGACCGCCUAGCUACCUAGAGCAGAGCUUGGGGAAUUCUUACGGCUCAGAGCCUGCCUGGGCUCUCCGGUGGUUGUUCCUUCCAGCAUCGAUCUGCUUCUUGGGCGAUCUUGGUAGCUGAUGGAGGCGGCAUUGGUUCUGGUGGUGGCGGUGCUCCUUGGGUCCUCAGCCCUUGUUGCCUCAGAUUUCUGCGUGUGCCGGUCGGAGCAGCCGACGGCGGUGCUGCAGAAGGCGAUCGACUACGCGUGCGGGCAGGGCGCGGACUGCACGGCCAUCGCGCAGAGCGGGGCGUGCUACAGCCCCGACGAGGUCGCCGCGCACUGCUCCUGGGCCGCCAACAGCUACUUCCAGAAGUUCAGGUCCACCGGCGCCACCUGCGACUUCUCCGGCGCCGCCACCCUCUCCACCACCGACCCCAGUUUCUCUGGUUGCACGUUCCCAUCCAGUGCCAGUGCCGCCGGCACCACCACGGGAACCGGGACAGCCACGACGGGCACCGGCACCACCACGGGCACCGGGACGACCACGGGGGGCACCUUCAGCCCCGGGAUGGGCACCGGCUUCAACAGCACCGGGUUCAGCCCGACAACCGGGAGCAUGGACGGCACCGCCGCGGCGGCCGGCUUGCUUCCGUCGAUCAGACUGGCGGCCUCCAUCGCCGUCCUCCUCCUCUCCUACUUGGCGCUGCCAUGAACUCUGCCUGCCUGUCCGUCUCUUCUCAUGGCAGAACACAUUAGCAGUUAGCUUCAGUGGCCUUCUGGCCUGGCCUGCCAGAAGCAAGCUGAGAGUGUGGAUUUGUCUAAUGGAAUCCAUCGAUCUGGAAGAGUUGAUCGCCGUUAUUGUUCCCUAGUGUCAUGGGCUGGUUAGCUGGGGGUGUCAUUUUGGUUCUAGCUUAAUUUUAAUUUAUAUAUGGCCUCCCACAGGCUGGAGGAGUGGUGUAUGAUUUGGUAGGAUGGCUGUCUCUUUCCCUCUGCAAGGACCCUUGUCUUCCAUGUCUGUUUUUAUACUGUUGGCCUCUCUUAAUUUUUAAGCAUUUUUUGCUUGUGAA